UUAUUCAUUUCGGCGAAGGCCGAAAAAAAAGGAAGAGAAGAGCGAGACAGCCGGACAGGCAGCAUUGUCGCCUUCCGGACGAGAGCGACGGCCGCAGGGCUUCUCCCGUGGAACCCUCGCCCAUUUCGCUGCCGAUCCACUUCCAUCCCCCAUCUGCGCCCCUCCACCCCCUUCUCCUCUUGGUCGCCUCCCGCUAUCCACCAAGAGCUGGAAUCAAGUGCCUUUUCUUGAUCUCUAUCGAGAUCCCGGAUCGCAACCCUUCCCUUCGAGUCGAAGCGACGUCGCCGUCGCUUUCUCGUUCGACUCCGGUAGCGAGGCUUUCGGGCAAUCGCUGGAUGGGACUUGGUGGGCUCGCGGUGCCGUAAAUUUGGGUCUUCGAGCAGCGAGAGAGGCCAUAUUUAUUCUUGGGGGAUCUUCUGGUUUCCAACAUGUCCGAUUCGGAGGCAGCAAUGGUUGCGGCCAUUGAAGCCCGAUUCAGCAAUCUGGAACUCAUCGGGAGAGGAUCGUUCGGUGACGUCUUCAAAGGGUUCGACAAGGAGCUAAACAAAGAGGUUGCUAUUAAAGUGAUUGAUCUAGAAGAAGCCGAGGAUGACAUUGAAGAUAUUCAAAAGGAAAUUUCAGUAUUGUCCCAAUGUCGGUCUCCAUAUAUUACUGACUACUAUGGCUCCUAUCUGCAUCAAACCAAACUCUGGAUAGAAAUGGAAUACAUGGCUGGGGGUUCCGUUGCUGACCUACUUCAAACUGGUCCUCCGCUGGAUGAAAUGUCUAUCGCGUGCAUUCUACGGGACUUACUGCAUGCACUUGACUAUCUUCACAAUGAAGGAAAAAUUCAUAGAGAUAUAAAAGCGGCAAACAUUCUGCUUACUGAAAAUGGAGAGGUCAAGGUUGCGGACUUUGGUGUUUCUGCACAACUGACGAAAACAAUAUCAAGAAGAAAGACAUUUGUUGGAACCCCAUUUUGGAUGGCCCCUGAGGUAAUUCAGAAUUCAGAUGGAUACAAUGAAAAGGCAGAUAUAUGGUCUUUAGGUAUAACUGCUAUAGAAAUGGCAAAAGGUGAACCUCCUUUAGCGGAUAUCCAUCCCAUGAGAGUUCUUUUCAUGAUACCACGUGAAAAUCCCCCCCAGCUUGAUGAGCACUUUUCUAGGUCAAUGAAGGAAUUUGUAUCAUUAUGUUUAAAGAAAACUCCUGCUGAGAGACCUAGUGCCAAGGAGCUUCUCAAGCAUCGUUUUAUCAGAAAUGCUAGAAAAAGUCCAAGGCUAUUGGAGAGAAUAAGAGAGCGCCCAAAGCUUAAUCUAAAGGAUGGCAUGGACACCCAGAGAAAUGGUCAACAAGUUUAUGAGGAUGCAACAAGCACUGUCAGAGUGGUCAGGGAUAUGAGAGAUGAAGGAACUGGUACCAUCAGAGUUGUCAGGGAUGCAAGAGAUGAAGGAACGGGCACCAUGAAAGUGAAGAAGGAUGCAAGAGAUGAAAAUGCUCAUUCGAGCAUGGAUGGAUCACAGGGUACAGGGACUGUCCGCAGUGUUGUAAAGCCACCACAAGUUGCUAUGGCGAGAGAAAAAAGAUCUGAUGUUUCAUAUCAUCCUAAUGUGACAAGAAAGACAGCAGAUAGAGAAAAUCCUUGGAUGCCUGCAUUGGGAAACACAUUUGAUGAAGCAAAUUCUGGAACCAUAUUGCGGAAAGAAGCCGAAAGUGAACAGGAUUCUAAAAGACUGGAAAGUUCUUUAGAAGAUGGUCACCUAUCAAUAAGUGGAUCGGGAACUGUUGUUAUACGUUCUUCAAGAGAAAGUCAGAUGUAUGCAGCAUCAAGCAGUCAAAGUACCAAGCCCACAGGCAAAUACUCUUCAUUUGAAGAUAUGUCUACCAGUGGCACUGUUGUUCUUCAUGACCGACAUGACGAAUCUGAGACUCCUCAAGCUUCGCAGUCUAGGUUUGGAAUCCAAGAAAAAGCAUCAAGUGUUUCACGUGAAGAUAGUGCAGCAAACCUUGCAGAGGCAAAAGCUGUAUUGCAAGGGGGGCUAAGAAGAGGAAAUGCUCGGGAAAGACCCUUAUUGAGCAAACACAGCAAGGAUGCACUUGAAACUAAGAUGGCAGAACGGUCAAGUUACUCUGAAUCCUCUAGAGAUCCUAGUGAGAAUGUUGAUGUACAAAAACUGCAUAAUAAAUCACGUCAAUCAAGUGAUGUGCAAGCCAGUGCCCGGGCUUCUGCAGUAGCAGCUUCUCCUGCAUUGUCAUUGUUGAUCAUUCCUUCACUGAAAGAGGCUACUGGUGAUAAGUCAGAAGGGUCAACUGUCCAUGCUGUGCUUGAAUCACUGAUGGAUCUGGAGUAUCAGAUACCUGGCUCUUGUGAAGUUCUUGUCACCAACUUGCUGCAACAACUGGGAAGCUCAAAGGAAUCUUCCUUUAGGGGACUUAAUGAUUUGGCAGCCAGCAUUUUCACAAAGAAAAUGGGAGCACCCAACGACCCGGCAGAUGGCAAGAAACAACCGAAUGCACAAUCACUGGAGGCUCCGAGCCUAAGCCCACUAGCCAGGUUCCUUCUCAGUAGAUGGCAGAGCCAAGUUUCUCAGGAUCUUAACUCAGUUUGAAGGGACCAUAAAUGCUGAUAAUAUCUAUGUUCAAUUUGUGGUUUACAUGUAUAAUUAAUUUUGACAGUGUACAUAUAAAUUGAAAAGAAAAAUUCUGUUUUAUUUUUUAUACAUUUCUGCUUUCAAGCAGCCUUGUUGGUACCUGAUCAUUUCUGUCAUUUUCAUCUGUGUUAUUGUAUUUCUAAAAUUCAUCUUUUGCAAUUUCUUGUCUGUUUAAAGAAACUAGCAAUGAAAAUUGAAUCAUCUGCUUGUAGUUUUAA